AGUUUGUUAUAGAGUUUGAGGAAAGCCAACAUGAGCCGGGCAGCUGGAAGGAGAUGAUGAGAGUACCGGGAAACCAUCACUUUGCUCUGCUGAAUCUUCACGGACACGUAGACUACCGAUUUAGAGUCUCUGCCACCAGUGAGGUGGGAAGAGGUCAGCCAAGCCAGGCCACUGAAAGAUACAAAACUCCAGCAUCAGCACCCGACAAGAACCCAGAAAAUAUCAAGAUCGAAGGUCAUUUGCCACAUGAAAUGGAUAUCAACUGGGAGCCACUGUCACCUAUUGAACACAACGGGCCUGGUCUGGAGUACAAAGUAAGCUACAGAAGACAAGGCACUGGAGAGGACUGGAUGGAGCACAUGGUGAAGAGGCACUCGUUCGUUGUUAAAAACACCCCAACGUUCAUCCUUUACGAGAUCAAAAUUCAGGCCAAGAACCAUGCGGGCUGGGGUCCAGACCCUGAAAUAAUCACAGCGUACUCAGGAGAGGAUU